AUGAGGAAAGCUCUUGUAUUCGUAGGCGUGUUUCUAGCCUUAGCGGCCGUAACUAAUGCUGCGGCUUUAGAUUCAAGAUCAUGUGGUAACGAUGUGGAGACAACAACACCUCCCCCGUGCACCAAAACGCCUCAGCCAACAACAACGUGUGCUCCAAUAAAAACUCCAGUUCCAACAACAACCCCUUCAUCAAAAACAACUCCUGCACCAACGAAAACUUCUGCACCAACAACAACCACGUGCAAAACAACCACUCCUGUUCCAACAACAACUCCCGCACCAACAACAACCCCUGCACCAACAACAACCCCUGCACCAACGACAACUUCUGCACCAACAACAACCCCUGCACCAACGACAACUUCUGCACCAACAACAACUUCUGCUCCAACGACAACUCCUGCACCAACAACAACUCCCGCUCCAACAACAACUUCCGCUCCAACGACAACUCCUGCACCAACAACAACCACGUGCAAAACAACAACUCCUGUUCCCACAACAACUCCCGCUCCAACGACAACUCCAGUUCCAACAACAACUCCCGCUCCAACGACGACGCCUGCACCAACAACAACCCCCGCUCCAACGACCACUCCAGCUCCUACGACAACCGUGUGCAAAACAGUGACUACUGUUCCAACAACCACUCCUGUUCCAACAACAACUCCCGCUCCAACGACAACUCCAGUUCCAACAACAACUCCUGCUCCAACAACAACACCUGCUCCAACAACAACUCCUGCUCCAACGACAACUCCUGCUCCAACGACAACUCCUGCACCAACAACAGCCUCGUGCAAAACAACAACUCCCGCUCCAACGACAACUCCUGCACCAACGACAACUCCAGUUCCAACAACAACUCCUGCUCCAACAACAACCCCUGCUCCAACGACAACUCCUGCUCCAACGACAACCCCUGCACCAACCACAACUCCUGCGCCAACAACAACCACGUGCAAAACAACAACUCCUGUUCCAACAACAACUUCCACUCCAACGACAACUACUGCACCGACAACCACUCCUGUUCCAACGACAACUCCUGCACCAACAACAACUCCCGCUCCAACGACAACUCCUGCACCGACAACAACCCCCGCCCCAACGACAACUCCAGUUCCAACAACAACUCCCGCACCAACAACAACCCCUGCUCCUACUACAACCGUGUGCAAAACAGUGACUCCUGUUCCAACAACAACCCCUGCCCCAACGACAACUCCAGUUCCAACAACAACUCCCGCUCCAACGACGACGCCUGCACCAACAACAACCCCCGCUCCAACGACCACUCCAGCUCCUACGACAACCGUGUGCAAAACAGUGACUACUGUUCCAACAACCACUCCUGUUCCAACAACAACUCCCGCUCCAACGACAACUCCAGUUCCAACAACAACUCCUGCUCCAACAACAACUCCUGCUCCAACGACAACUCCUGCUCCAACGACAACUCCUGCACCAACAACAACUCCCGCUCCAACAACAACUCCCGCUCCAACGACAACUCCUGCACCAACAACAACCACGUGCAAAACAACAACUCCUGUUCCAACAACAACUCCCGCUCCAACGACAACUCCUGCUCCAACGACAACUCCCGCUCCAACGACAACUCCUGCACCAACAACAGCUUCGUGCAAAACAACAACUCCUGUUCCAACAACAACUCCCGCUCCAACGACAACUCCUGCACCGACAACAACCCCUGCCCCAACGACAACUCCAGUUCCAACAACAACUCCCGCACCAACAACAACCCCUGCUCCUACUACAACUCCUGUUCCAACGACAACCCCUGCACCAACUACAACUCCUGCGCCAACAACAACCACGUGCAAAACAACAACUCCUGUUCCAACAACAACUCCCGCUCCAACGACAACUCUUGCACCGACAACAACCCCUGCCCCAACAACAACUCCAGUUCCAACAACAACUCCCGCUCCAACAACAACUCCCGCUCCAACAACAACUCCCGUUCCAACAACAACUCCUGCUCCAACGACAACUCCCGCUCCAACGACAACUCCCGUUCCAACGACCACUGCUGUUCUAAUAACAACUCCUGCACCAACAACUCCUGUUGCAUCUACAUUAAAACCAUGCGAAACUACGCCACCACCGUGCACCACGGCUCCUCCUCCGUGCACCACAACUCCACCCCCAUGCUCUGGACCCGUCUCCGGCAAGGCUAAGCCAUCUAUGGACACCAAUAUCGAUCGACAGAUUCAGUAUAGUUGUUCAGAUAAAAGGAAUGGCUUUUUGAUACCAUCUUUAAGCAGUUGCAACGAUUUUUACAUUUGCCGUGAUGGAGAGGCUGUAAAGGUUACCUGUGGUAACUUACAUUUUAAUGCCAUUAGGGGACUCUGCGAUCUUCCUGAGUAUGCUGGUUGUAUGAAAUCCUAAACCUAGAAAACGAAACCAAGAAAAGAA